CCUCAAGUUAUAUUCUCAUCAAUCGGAACAAAAUAUUAUUCAAUCGUUUCAGUUUCAAAUGGGUUAAUUGGAAACAGUUUAUUUCUGAUCAUGAUGUUAAUUGUAGCUCUUGAUUCAAGAACUACUUUGAAAUAUAAUGAAUCAACGUUGGAACCACAAUUAACAUUGAAUCUUCCAAUGUUACUGUUUAUCUCAAUUGAAAUCUAUACGUUUAUAAUAUUUCAUUUCUAUUUCACAAAACAAUUCAUCUCAACAAUUAACGAUCAAUGGAUAAAAUUGACUGAAGGUCAACAAAUCGUUAAUUGUUUACUUCGCAAACGUAAAGUUUACGAAACAAUCAUAAUUAUUAAUGCAGUUUUUGCUCUUGCAAUCGAUGCAGUUUCUUACUCUAUUUAUUAUACUGAUUACGAUUAUUAUUUGAUUGUUUUCGAUUACAAUUCAACAACAAUUAACUCAACUAGAACGUCUCACAUUGGGUUAGUCUUUUAUAUAAGAAUAAUUAGAAGAUUAAUUUUGAUUGGUAACUUUUUUUUAAAUGAAUUGAUCAUCGUUGAUUGUUCAUUAAUCGCCCAAACUGUUUAUCAUUUCAUCAACAUUCAAAUCUCAUCAAUCGAUAAACAUUUGUAUGAUCACAAUUUACUUGAUCACAUUAGAGCAAUUCGAUUGAAGUUUAAUCAAUGCUACGAUUUGGUUACUAAAUUAAGGAUAUUGAUGGAUCCAUGUUUACUUGGAGUCUUCAUUCAAUAUACUCAUUUUUUAGCGAAAAACAUUUAUAAUUGUAUCUUUGAAUAUCAUAACUUAAGCUUAAAAAUGUUGCAAUUUAAUUUCAUCACUGAUACUAUUUUAUCAUUUUCGACAAUAAUUUGUAUGACUUAUCCAAUCGUUGAAACUCACUGUGUAUCUGUUCAAUCAUAUUCAAAGAUUUACUCUUUAUCAUUUCAUGAUAAAAUUAGUAAAUCAUUCGAACUAUUAAAUGAGGUUACAUUGUUUGCCAAUCGUAUCGAUAGAAAGGAUCUUGGAUUUUCUUGUGGUGGGUUUUUCAUGAUCACACCUGAAUUCAUAACUUCGGUGGUCACUAUUAUUUUCACCAUUGUUAUUGCGACUCCUUCGUUUGCUAAUUGAAAAUCAAUGGAUAUCUUAAUGUUUACUAAUAGUUGACAAU